GGUUUUCGCCGAUCCGGAACGCGGUCCACUUGGGGACAUCGCCGAUUGGGAGCAGCAGCGUUGGAGCAUGCAUGGUCGAUCUGGUGCAGAGUCGCAAGAUCGGGACCAGCCACGACUGGAAUUCUCCGGAUGGGGUUCGUCUCAGCGUUGCGCACAGUGUUCCGGUCGCGGUUUUCGUGAUAAAUUAACAGCUUACAGAUUUUCGGCUGGAGAUAGGAAUAACCAUCAAUUUUGCUUGGAAAAAUGACAGACCUUUGGGCGACAGAAUUGGGGGAGCAGUGCUGCAUUAGAGAGAGACUUUUUCAAGAAUGAAGAAGGCGGAAAGUUCAAUUCUUCGGCGGUCAAAAUCUGGAAUCAGCGACAGAAUGAGCAGCUGAUUGAUUUCUAGAAGAUUAGAGACGGCCAUCCGCAAGAACAUCAAAAUCCUGCUUUGACCAGAAACACAAGUUCAAAUUUGACUACUUGAAAACACUUUCAACGAAUUAGAAUAGAAUGUAAAGUUUUUUGCUUCUAUUUAACAUCUACCAUGCUUCGAAUUAGUCAAAUCAAGGAUCGUCAUUGUUUUUCUCUGGAUCUGGAUGCAAAUGGAGUUGAAUGGCUUUGUGAAGCUUUUUAUCGUUUUCAAUCCCAGAGUUCAUGGACAAUCACUCGAUAUGAAAAUUCAAGAAAGCUAAGCUUAUCUCUGGAAACAAAUAGAUUUGGAGCCUUUUUUCGUUUGGUUAUAUUUGAUAAUAGGGGUAGAAAUACCAUCAUUACCAUGAUUAUACCCGAGGGUAGAAAUGGAUGGGGUUUUGAACUGUUUAGUUCUACUUUACAAAGUCAAGUUGAUUUGUUACAAAAGGUGGAGAAAGAGGUUUUGGAAACUGUUUUGAUUGAUCAUGGGGUAGCUUGUGCCGAUUCUUUAUUUGAGGAUUCAGGGACCAUAAGUUUGGGAUCAAUCUCUUCAAGGCUUUUUGAGCAAGACUUGCUUUUAUAUAAUAAUUCUGUUCCUAAUUCAGAGAAAAUGCAUAACGAUAUAGAGCUUUUUAUUUGCCAAGACCAUAGUAUAGAGGAAUCUGGGAGAAACAUUAUGGGGGGAAUUAUUGCGGAAGAUGUGGGUGAGAUGUUUGAGGAGACGUCCUUGGCUGGUGGUAAAGCCGAAGAGAGUGUUUGCAAUGAGAAGACGGUCAUUGAUGUGACUGAUAUUCUUGAAACUACUCUCUUUCGGGUUUCUUUUUCACCUCACUCUAAACCUCUGUUAGCGGAUGGAUUGGUUGUCUCGGAAUCUAAUGCUUCGGGUGGGAAAGAUCUUGAAGUUACGCCUUUGCAAAGGGUACUUUCAGAUCGUGAGCUACUAGAUCGUGUUACUGACACUGAAUGGGACUCGGCCAGUUCUAGAUUGCUACCUCGAUGAAGUGCUCAUCUCAAGGCUAAAUAAUUGGCUGAAACAUAGGGUCACUUCCAUCUUUACUUAUGGAUAUUUUGGGAAUCUCAUCUCUUCCGAGCAACUCAAUAUAAAAUUCUUGCUUAAAAAAAGAGCUUAAACUUGUGAUUAGACAAAGUGAUUAGGCUUACGUGAAUAAAUCAACAUGAAUAGUCAUGUAAAAAGUAUAAAAUGUUUUUAAAACAUAUGUGAUGUUUUGG